GUCAUACUGCAUCUUCCCGUCACGUAUACUCUAACCACGCCGUACCGACUCGCUCGACAACCAUAUAUACAGCAUUAGGUAUACAGGCCUAGUGGUACCAGGUGGUACUGGUAGUACAAGGCUGCCCGUAGAAACCCACGCCGAGGUUCAUAGCCACUUGUUCUUAGCCAUUGAGAUAUUGACAGCUUCAAGCUUGACGCGAACACUUGACGUGACGCUGGGGAUAUCAUGGGUAUCACAUACUGUAUAUACCACCCGCUAUCAGCGCGCUUGCAAGAGUGUCUGCCCUUGGGCUUUUGUACCACAACAUCCACGAUGCCUGCAACCCUCCACUACACAAAGAAGAUCGGCUGGGGGCAAACAUACUUUGUACUGCUUGUACUGCGACUCUUCUUCGCGUUCGGACGAGGUUACAUACAUCCGGACGAACAUGAUGCGGACGGAGGAAUCACGUUAGGCAAACAAUUUGGAUUUUAUACUCUUCCUUCGAAGGCAUGGGAUCCCAGCUAUCCACGCCGGUCUAUCCUCACGCCUGUGUAUACCUCGGGAAUGGCAUAUCAAGCAGUGCAGAUGUGGCUUUGGCCGAAUCGUAAUCCGUACGCAAUGUUUGUCGUGGAGCGACUUUCGAUGUUCUACAUAUCACUGUGGCUUGAUUCAAGCGUGUUAGAACUGGUGAUAGACCCAGCGGACCGCAUGCGCACUGUCGUUCUAUUGGCAUCUUCAUUUGUGAUGCUCACAUUCCAAGUCCGACCGUUCUCAAACUCGCUCGAAGCUGUGUGCGUUGCGACGUGCUUGAGCGCUUUGAAGCCGAUUGUCCACCCACUGUGGCAUAAGACUUCGAGAAACCACGCUCCUGAACUUAUCAGCCUUGCGAUAUCUGGCGUCCUAGGCGUGUUCAUGGGGCCCACGUUCCUCGCGUUCGCUCUACCCAUCAUCGCUCAGGCACUCCUGUGGACUAUCCGUCGUGCCUCUCAGAAUAUCACGUCAGGCCAGUCACGAAGGUCAAUUUGGGCGCGGUGGCUCGAACUCACCUACGUGUCAUUGACGGUGGCAGCCACAUUAGCCAUCGUUAUCACUGUCAUGGACACCAUACUCUUCCGGGGCAAGCUGUCCAGUGACCUGAUCUCCACCCCGCUCAACGCCUUGCAUUAUCAUUUGUUCACGAGUAACCCGGCGGACCAUGGUCCUCAUCUAUCUUGGCUCCACCUUCUUGAUAACCUUUCAUUGAUCGUAGGGCCCGGUCUUCUCUACUACGGCAUCCGUGCAGCCCGGGAGCUUUGGAAGCCGCCAACUCCGCUCAAGAGCAAUUCCAUCGACUACAUUGAUAUCUCCAAGACAUCACUAUACGUCAUUGUCUUCUCAAUCAGCGUCUUGACUGCCCUUCAUCUCCAAGAUCGCCGCUUCUUCGUUCCGCUCUUGGUCCCCUUCAUCGUGCUGGUCGGCCGGAGUCAGCAAAUCAAGCGCUUAGGGAAGGUAUUCUGGACAUUUUGGUUCGUGUUCAACGUAGUCUUCGCCAUAACAUUCGGCGUCCUCCAUCAGGGUGGAGUCGUUCCCUCUCUGAUGAACCUGCACGAUCGACUCGGAGCGCUCAACCACACGGCACCGCCCGAGUUCAACGGAACGCUCGCUAGCGGCGUAUACUGGAAGACGUAUCCUCCACCGUGGCACUUGUUGGCCCCGUCACUUCUGGCAGAUACGUCGUCGGAUCUCAAGGACGUUCCGAGCGAAGAUAUGCUCGAGAGCGUCGUCGGCCUGAGCUCUCUGGCUCAGGAGACUUUCCUCGUCGCCCCUCUGUAUGCGAUGCACGAUGUCCCCGGGGAACAGAAGGGAUGCCUCGAGCUGCAGGAACGCAUCUACCCCCACCUCGACCUCGAGCAUUUGCCGCAGGCGCUUGGGAUCUACACUGCCAACGCAGCUUGUCUGGAUCUCCAAGUUGUGGGUGACGAUGGAGCGUCGGAGUGAGUGUCCCUCGUGUCAAGGCUCGGAGUUUCGCCUUCUUCUGCUUUGUUGAUCGCUCUGCAUCGUUCGUUCCGUUUCAGUGUCAUGUUGGGCCAGUAGUGGCUACGGCGAGAUCCACUCCAUGUGAUUCAUUUCAGGCAAUAAUCAAUACGAAUA